GAUUGUUCUCCAGCUCAACUAUUGAAUGAACGCAUUAUAGAAUAGCGUUCCUAAAACUAAAAAUAAGUUAAUUUUAUUCAAGCCAAAUACUUGCUGCAAUGGCAGACGAAUUACAAAACUACAAAUGCCAAUUACAGCAAGUGGAAGCCGCUUUACAAACAGAUCCAAGUAAUGAAGAACUUCUAAAACUGAAAGACGAUCUAGAAGAGGUCAUUAAGCUCACAAGAGAUUUGAUAAAGACACAAUUGGAAGAACAGCGCAAAUCCUCGUACGUAGAGCCAUCUUCCUCGAAAACAGCUUCAUCCAAUUACUUUGACGAAAUUGAAGCUGCUCUUUUAGAAGCUGAAAAGCUAGUUACAUCCGCUAAGGUUUGGAAGAUCGGUGACAAAUGCCAAGCGAAAUGGACAGAGGAUGGUCAGUACUACGAUGCAACCAUUGAAGGCAUAACUGGUAAAGGUGAAGUGAGCGUUAUAUUCGAUGCCUACCAGAACCGUUCUACGACCAUACUUGGUGAAUUGCGUGAGCGCACAACUCGCAAUGAAGUAUUCCCAUCUAAUAAGCGUCAUCGACCGAAUCAAAAGGAAUAUUUAAAAAAACGAAAACAGAAAAAACAACAGCGCUUCAAAGACUUGGAAGAAGAGCGGGAGUCGGACAAAAAUAAAUGGCUUAAUUUUACUACUAAAAAUCAAAAGAAACCUGGCAUGAAAGUCAACAGUAUAUUUGCUUCGCCCGACAAUGUUAGUGGGAGAGUCGGCAUUGGUACAUGUGGAACGGCCGGCAAAGGCAUGACUGAUUUUACUGUCGGAGAAAAAUAUCGUAAGGGUCUGUAAAUUAAUAAAACUUUGAACGGUCUCAAAUAAAAAAA